AUGGUCAGGAUCUGCGCUCGGCUGCCAAGGUCGGGCGGUCUGACCGGUCCGCCACCACUCACACCAUUGUCGACAAUUGCGAGGACGGCGACCUCAUCCAGAAAGUACAGCAGCAGCAGCAGCUUUGAGCUUCUUCGACAGGCUCGCCUUGGCUCCCAACGAUAUUUUGGUUCCUCACAUGAACGAUUCAGUCACCACUUCAGCACAACAAGCGACCCCGCUCCUCUCGCCCCGCAUGGUCCGCAAAAAGGCGAUCGGGUCAUUGUCGCGCUCUCCGGCGGCGUCGAUUCGUCGGUGACCGCACUGCUACUGGCACAAGCAUCGCACUUCGACCUUGAAGCCGUGUUCAUGCGCAACUGGAACGAGCUCGACGAAUCGGGCCAUAUGGAGCCUGGAUCUGGCGGUGCGACGGGGUGUACGUGGCAGCGCGACUGGCACGAUGUGCAGGCGGUCUGCCGGCACCUGGGCAACAUACCCGUGAGGAUGGUGGAUCUGAGCCGAGAGUAUUGGACGCAAGUGUUCGAACCGGCUCUGGACGAUUGGAGGCAAGGCACCACACCGAAUCCGGACGUGAGCUGCAAUAGGGAGAUCAAGUUUGGCGCUCUCAUGGACCGGCUUCUUCCGCAAGCUGGCGAGGUAAGUGCGAGGACGAAAAGCUGGUUAGCUACUGGACACUACGCACACGUAGCGUGGAGCAAGCAAGCCGACGGGCAAGCAGCAAGACCGAUGCUCAUGAGGGCGCAGGACCGGACCAAGGACCAAACGUACUACCUCUCUUCUGUAGCAGAGGACCGACUGGCACAUGCGCACUUCCCACUCGCCCACUUACUCAAGAGUCAAGUCCGCGAGCUGGCCAGAAAACACUCGCUCCCCACAGCGGAGAGACGCGAGUCGAUGGGCAUCUGUUUCGUCGGCACACGCGGAUCGGACGGCAGCAAGGGUGUCUCCAACACGCAAGGCUUCUCGACCUUUCUCAACGGCUACAUCACCUCUGCCCCCGGCGAAAUCGUCGACGAGCAUGGCCACGUCGUUUCGACGCACCGUGGGCUGCACACGCUGACGGUCGGGCAGGGUGCACGCAUCCGCGGAGCAGCAUCCAAGUACUACGUGGCGAAGAAGGACGUUGCUAAGAACAGGAUCGUUGUGGUUCAGGGCAAACAGCAUCCGAUGCUACUGUGCAGGCGGCUGUAUGUAAAGGAGAUCGAGUGGAUCUGGAGAGAGCCUCCGCCGGAGCUGAGGGAGGGUGGUGGAGCGAGGAGCGUGACGCUGCUGGCUCAGGUGAGACAUCGACAGCUGGAGACAGAGUGUGUGGUUAGCAAGGUCGAGGACGGGCGAGGUGGAUACGUGGUCGAGUUUGCGGAGCCAGUGCUGGCUGUGGCGCCAGGUCAAGUGUUGGGGCUGUGGCGAGGCGAGUGGUGUCUAGGCAGUGCGGUGAUUCAGUCUGUGGAUACUGUGUACGAUGAUCAGACGCGGUGA